CCCAACGUCAACAGGCCGGCAUUUCAGAGUUAGGAGCUGAUUCACGACGCAGACGAUCUCACAUCAAUGGUCUCGAUAUAUUUGCUAUAUCCCACUUGCUAGUUACCGUCGCCGCUAUGCCUGCGCCAGGCGACCAGCACAAUGGCGGGAAUAAUACGGCCAAUCCAUUUGAAGAAGUUAGACCACAUAUAUCCGAAUACACAGCCCAGGAGAUUGCAAGUCUCCAAAGCAGGUUACAGAAGCAAUUAGGCCCAGAGUACAUAUCAUCCAGAUCCGGCCCAGGAGGCCAGAAGCUACACUAUAUCCCAGCAGACAAAUGCAUCCAGCUUGCCAACGAAGUCUUUGGCUUCAACGGCUGGUCUAGUCAAAUCAAAGAACUUCAGGUGGAUUUUGUGGACGAGAACCCUACUACCGGCAAAGUCAACCUGGGUCUUUCUGUCAUCGUUCGGGUCAGCUUACGAGAUGGGACAUUCCAUGAGGACAUCGGCUACGGGCAUAUCGAAAACUGCAAGGGCAAAGCCGCGGCUUUCGAGAAGGCAAAAAAGGAAGGGACAACAGAUGCUAUGAAGAGAGCAUUGAGGAACUUUGGAAACGUCUUGGGGAAUUGUAUUUACGACAAGGAGUACCUAGCCAAGGUUACUAAGGUGAAAGUGGCGCCGACUAAAUGGGAAGUCGACAAUCUUUAUAGGCAUGGGACUUAUGCCACGAAGAAAGAGGAAGCAGCACCUGAUGUGCCGGUUUUAAAGCAGGAACCGGAUUUGAUUCCAAGCGUGACAGCUAGAGGGUCGUUUGAGGAUGAGUUUGAUGAUGGAGCAUUCGACGAGACUGACUUUACGUCUGCGUAUGAUCCGGAUUCCCACCCUGACGAGGUAGCGCUCCCAGACGUGCCUCCACCAGCGGCUCUUCACAUCAAUGCUGGCCGACCAGCCAAUGGACCCGGUCCAGCAGCAGCUGCACAGAACAAUGCUAUGCCGAACCAGGUCAGACAGCCUCAAGCCCGGCCACAGCAAAUGCAAGCUCCAUCCCGGCCGCAACCUCAAAACGGAGCGCGCCCCCCACAACCACGCCCACAACACCCAUCACAGCCCCAAACACCAAAUGGCGGCUUAUCAAGGUCCAGCUCCGGCGCCGGGCGCGGCAUAUCUCAGCCACCAACCGCGAACACAACCGGCGGCAUCCCCCAAGGCGCUGUUCCCGGCCACGGCCGAGUCCUCAACCAACCCAACAGACAACGAACCCCGCCUCCUCCCCCCAACGGCUCCGCAUCCCCCAGUUUCACGAGACCCUCAAACCCAGAUGCCGACACCACAAACCAACCCUUCCACCCCCCACCCGACGGCCCCCCCCCAAUCGGUUUCUUCUCCGCCAAAGCCGCCCUAUCCACCGACGGCCUCGCCCCCGACGGCCUCCCCAAAACCGCGGUGUUUAACCCACACUCCCAGUCCCCCUCCAUCCGCAAGACUCCCGGUAUCGACCACACGAAGACUAUUCCCGUGAAUAGGAAUUUUAAACAGGCACCACCAGCGGCGGCGGCGGCGGUGGCGCCGGUAGGAAGGGGGAAUAUCAAUGUGGUGAAUCCGCAGCUUGAUGCGACGAGGCGCGUGGGGGCGCCGGGGAGCCCGAGUCCGUUGGGGAAUAGGGGGAGUUAUAAGCCGCCUACUAUGGUGGGGAAGAGGGCGGGUGAUGGGGGUGGGCCGGGGGCGGGGGAGAGGUUGCCGUUGGGGGAGAUGCCGAUGAAUGGUGGGGUGGGGGGUGGGGGGGGGCAUGAGGUUAAGAGGCAGAGGAUGAGUGGGCCUUGAGGUGGGUGGAUGAGAUGAAUGAGGAGUCUAUUGUUAGGAGUUCUGCGGCCGGAAGGAGGGGGAAGUGUCAGCGGUAUGACGCUGUGCGUGACCAAAUCUGGCGUUUUUGGAAGGAAUCGGAUAUGUCUAAUGACCUUGUUGUGGAGAAGAAAAUGGAAAGAUAUCCAAGUGCCCAACUAUGACUGCUGUUUUGCUAGCGUUUCUCAUUGCAAAUUAUUAGACAACGCGGAAGAUACAUUUUUAUGACCGCCAGCUAGCCACACUGGUUUUGAAGUUGUCUAUAAUUAACUUUCUUUAUUUCUCAUUUGAAUUCAUGAG